AAUUUAAAGGCAUGCUUCCUGAAGUUUUCCUUUGGUGCAUCUUAGAAUACUGCUUUUUGAAUAUUUGUAUUUUGUUACAUUAGUAACAAAUACGAGAACUAUCCAAACCACUUUGGAAGUUAAAACUUCUUUUCUGAAGACAGCUUCAAAAUCUGCAGCGUAUUCGCCAACAUAAUAGCCCUCAUUUUUAAUUUGGUGCUUAAAACCAUAAAUUCAUAUCAUUUAGAGAGAAAAAAAUGAAUAAUUAAAGAACAAGAUGUGACCGUGACGGGGGCUGGAGCACGAAACCUCCUUCAGGGAGUCCCCAGAGUGCGUUGACUGCGGCAUCCCUCGCCAGGCUCCGGGGCGGGGCGGAGCGGCGCUGCGCAUGCGUGCCCCGCCCCCCAGCGCGCGCCCAGUUUGCCCUUCGUGGUUCCCCGCCGGCCGUCGGGCCAGACCACCUCCUGCCGGCUAGCCAACCGUCUCCCUGCGGCCUAGUCCCGCACAUUCCGGAGCGCUCUUGAGCGCCUCCUAAAGCUCUCAGCGGAGCCCCCCGGGCGGCCGGUAAGAAAGCAGGGAAGCAGCGGGCUGUGGCGCCGACGUCAGCGCGGCGGGGCGCCCGGAGGCUCGGCCCGCGCGCAGGCGCGUUGGGCAUGCCUAAGGCCUUUUCCAAAUGGAAGGCUAUCCGGUUAACUGAAAUAUGGACAGGAACCACUUGCAUUAAGAGUUUAAAGACAAGAAGCCUACAAUUGAUGUGGAUGCCCCAAGCUUUCACAGCUCACUUUACAACAUAGGCGAGCACCCAAGUCCUCUAGCAGUGUAUCUUCAGCUGAUAGUAACAUGACUUUCUGUGUAGCUGGUUCUAUCAGGGAAGAAAACAUGAGAUCUGAAUCUUCUACCAUUCUCGGCAGUAUGUCUUUCAACAUAGAUUAAAAGUUGAUGGAUGCCUGGAAGUUGACAUACAUAUAUAUUCAGAAAUGUUCUGCCACCUGAGACCUUGGAGGAGGUUCUGUCUAGAAAAGAUUCUCCCUCACUGGUUCCACUACUCAAGAGCUUUAUCAGGAGCAGAAGCAGUCAAUGCCUUGAGGCCUUUCUAUUUUGCAGUCCACCCAGAUUUCUUUGGACAGCAUCCCCGAGAAAGGGAAGUCAAUGAAAAUUCUCUUAARAGAUUAAGUGUCUACUUAGAAAACCUCCAGAAACCAGGCUUCAAGUCUUUGAAACCAACUCCACUUACAUUUUAUGUAAGAGAAACAGACCAGAACCCCUCUGAUGGCCAGGAACCCUUUAGUUCUCCCGGAUUUCGAGCAGUCAAAUUUACUUUGCACACCAGAGAUCUUCUAAGCACAGUAUUAUAUAUUCUCAACUCCUGCAGUUUAUCUGUUGAACAUAUCCAAAGCAUGAACACUAAUGUGCAUUCCCAGCCUCUCAAAGAAACUAAAAGGAUGUCUGACAGGCCCAUCAAAUGGGACAAGUCUUACUACUCCUUUACUGGAUUCAAGGACCCUGAAGAAGACCUUGAACAAGUCUCGAGAAUAGAAACAACCCUAAAAUCCUGGUUAGAUAACAAUGGGAAAAGUGCUGUUAAAAAGCUGAAGAAUAGUUUGCCCCUUAGAAAAGAACUGGAUCGUUUAAAAGAGGAGCUGUCCCAUCUCUUACAACUCUCAGAUAUUAGGUGGCAGAGGAGCUGGGGCAUUGCCCACCGCUGCAGCCAGCUGCAUAGUUUAGGCCGCCUAGCUCAGCAGAACUUGGAAACGCUUCAGAAAGCAAAAGGAUGUACAGUCAUAUUUACAGACCGUUCUGGCAUGAGUGCAGUGGGCCAUGUGAUGCUGGGAACCAUGGAUGUCCAUCACCAUUGGACAAAACUUUUUGAAAGGUUGCCAAGUUAUUUUGACCUACAGAGGAAGCUGAUGCUUUUAGAAGAUCAAAUCAGCUGUCUGCUAGGUGGCAUACAGGUCAUUUAUAUCGAAGAAUUACAGCCAGUGUUGACACUUGAAGAAUAUUACUCCCUUCUCAACGUGUUCUAUAGUAGACUGUUGAAAAGCCGAGCACCUUUCCACCCUCGGAGUCUCCGUGGCUUGCAAAUGAUCCUGAACAGUGACAGAUAUGCUCCAAGUUUGCAUGAACUCGGCCAUUUUAACAUCCCAGUACUCUGUGAUCCAGCAAAUCUCCAGUGGUUUAUUCACACCAGAGUGCAGCAGGCAAGAGAGAACAUGAAAAGAAAGGAGGAGUUAAAGGUUAUUGAAAAUGAAUUGAUACAGGCUUCAACAAAGAAAUUUUCUCUGGAGAAGUUAUAUAAGGAGCCCAGCAUUUCUAGUAUACAAAUGGUGGAUUGUUGUAAGAGACUUCUAGAACAGUCACUGCCUUAUCUACAUGGGAUGCACCUCUGCGUUUCACAUUUUUACUCUGUUAUGCAAGAUGGAGACCUUUGUAUUCCUUGGAAUUGGAAGAAUGGAGAAGCCAUAAAGUAACAGCAAUAUUUUUUUAAAGAGAUAAGAAACUGUUAAACUUAAUUUAAAUCCACAGUUUGCUAUGACACUAUCACUUAUGUAUUACAAGAACAAAGUUCCUAACUGCUGCUUUAAAAGUACACUUUUAAAAAUUAAUUUCUUCAGGGCUCGGGUUGUGGCUCAGUGGUAGCGUGCUCACCUAGCAUGCAUGAG